CACCUGUGCGGAUGCGGCUCCGGAUCUGGUGAUCGACGCGCAGCUGGUGCAGGAGUCUGCGUAUCUGGAGGACCGGCCGCUGCACCUGCUCACCUGCGCUCACGAGGAGCACUGUCUGUCGUCCUCCGCCGCGCGCAUGAACUGGCCCUACGGUCACCGGCGGCUGCUGCGCUUCUCCUCACGCAUCAUGAACCUCGGACGAGCCGACUUCAGACCACGAGCCUCGCGAGAGUCCUGGACCUGGCACCAGUGCCACCGGCACUACCACAGCAUCGAGGUCUUCACACACUAUGACCUCCUGACCCUGAACGGCACAAAGGUCGCGGAGGGUCACAAGGCCAGCUUCUGUCUGGAGGACACGUACUGCCCUGAAGGUGAAGCUCUAACGCUGAGAUCUGCACUCACAGAUAAGCAGUGUUCACUAGCACACAAACUGCAGCGCUGUAAACCUCUCAAACACACGGCUUCUCAAUCUGGGCCUAACUCAGACUAA